GGAAAAAAAAUCUCUAAAAAAUGCUAAAAAUAAUCAUAGAGAGAAAAUGUGGAAAGCCAGUGGAAUUCAGAAUGGCCUCUUAUUCGACUAUUUAUGACCUGAAAAAAAGGAUCGAGGAUCUACUAUCUAUGUCUGAGGGGCAAUGUGUCCUAAUAUCCUCGAAAUGCAAGGUAUUAGAUGGCGAUCUUAUUUUGGAAGCAGCAGGUCUGGACAACAGUGAUCCCAAGAAGAAACCAACGAUAACAUGUUUUGAAGGAGCUCAAAAAAUUGGAGCAUUAACUGUAAUUGCUGAGGCUGAAAUUGAGACUGACUAUAGUAACGAAUCAUUAGAAAGUGCAGUGACGUUCCAGACAGUAUGUGUAAGAUAA